GCGACGAAUCCUCGAGUGAUCGUUCAUGGGAAGUGGGCGUUGGCCGAACCACCGUCCGGAGCACAGGCUUUCAUAUGGUACAUAAAGAUGUUGGAAGGAUAUGUUCAGAUUUCUCUUCACAACCAUUGUAAAACCUGCAUCCGCUCUGACUGUAAAGUACUUUCGGAUGACGUCAACUGCUGUGAUAUCAUAAACUGUAAAUAUGGAUGUCCAUUGAAAUUUCACAAGUGCAAAGAGCUUCAACAUGAAAAAUUUUGCAAAAAUAUGAAAGUACCUUGCCUGAAUCGUGAAUAUGGUUGUUGCCAGGAGUUCCCUCGUGGUAAACUGCCCCAGCAUCUGCCUAACUGUAACGCCAGUGUCAUUUCUUUCAAUAAUCAGGAUAUCAAGAGAGCUGACUAUUUCUGGUAUGCAAAGAAUGUUGUGGAAGAUUUAGGCGGAAAGGAUUUGCACAAUUACAGCGAUUCAUGUCCAUUUUCUUUUGCAGGGUGUGAUUUUUCUUAUGAACAUUUCAAACCAAAUGGAAACAGAAGAAUAGUUUACAGCGAUUGGUUAGAUGCUGUUGGUUUACAAAAUAUAGACAAUCAAGUGCAACCAUCAGGAACAAAUGCACAGAUUUUAGACACAAAAGGUCAAAGGUCACAACAAGGGUUACCAAAUGUUACUGUAGAUACUGAUGAACUUUGUAACAGACUGGAAAGUUCGGGCAUCAGUGAUCAGGAUUUCAUGACUUCCAAAAGGAAAAAUGUGAAAAAUUUCUCCCACCAAUCCAGUUUGGCACUCAUUCGUUCCAUAUCACAGGAUGAUCAAAAGCAGUAUGCAGGCCUCCUGCUUCUGCCACUUGAACUUCUACAGAAAAUAGCCAGUUAUCUGGAUGGAUUCAGCCUAUGUAACUUGUCUGUCACAUGUCACUUCCUUCGUGAUAUCUGUAGCCUCAUGCUUGUUGACAAGGGUAUUGUGACUCCUGUCUGGACAAAAUUUAUAGGGGGAACUGGGCAGAGGGAUGUCAUAGGUGGUUCUGAUGACCGGAAGCUGGACACAACGUGGACAAUGGCAGAUGGCAGUGUGAAGGAUAAGAAAUGGAUAGUCAAACAAAUGAGCUGGAGAUUCUGUAAAACCUUUGACCCUGUGAGACAAUGGGAAUACCAAGGGGCCCACCCUUUAUUGAUUCACCUCCAGAAUUGUCCCUUCAAGACUGAGAGCUGCCUCAAUGCCAACAAGGAACCAUUUACAUACCAUAAGAAUGAUAAUCCUAAACCCAAGGUUGUGGGUGCCAAAACACAGGAUUACACCAAAACAACCUCACACCUUCUUUGAUAUUAAAGAUUUAACUCGAUGUCGAUAU